GAGAAGAAGCAAAAGAGCCAGGAGGAUGGGGAGGCAACCAAAGUGUCGCAGAAGGAGAAGAAGGACAAGAGCAAGGAGAAUGGUGGAGCAACGCAGGACCAGCAGAAGGAGAAGAAGGACAAGAGCCAGGAGAAUGGUGAGGCAAACAGGGGGCGAGAGCCAGGCAAGAAGGACAAUCAAGCCCCAGAUGACAGCAAGACCACAUCCAUUGUGCCAAACCGCAUACGCAGCAAAAGCAAGGAUCCAAGCAGGGCAGCUGCAGCAGGACACAAGCAUUCUCCUAGCAAAAAGAACAAGAAGGCUAAGAAGGACAAGAAAGAAAAGAAGCAGAAGUCAGCGAAGGAGGCCACGGUCACCGCCCAGGGGACGCGCAGAGUCACGGACCUCACUGAGGAAGAGAAAGAGCGGAUCAAUAAGAUGACAAGUGCCAAGGAGAUGCCCCGACCAGAGAGGUUUGGGAUGCUGAAGACAUUCAUCGUGCAGCAAUCCGUGGCUAGCAUUGAGGUGGAGGCACCUGACAGCGUGAAGGGAAGAAUGUACAAGGUUCUGAAAGAAGUGGUGGAAGAGAAGCAGAGGCGAGUGAAUGAAGCAAGCGCGAAGAAGCUGCUCGCAAAGCAGCUGGGUGAGUUCGCUGCGAAUUUGGAUUCGAUUGGCUUCCUGGAUGUGAAGACAGGCCGAAUCUCGGGAAAGAAGGCGAAGAAAGCGCUCACUCCCGAGCAGCAAGCAUACAAGGACAUGAAGGGGGCCAGCCAGAAGCUUGAGAACCAGAGCAAGACGAUCCCAACGAAACUUGCCGAAAUCCGUGGCCUCAAGAUUCGGAACUGCUCGGAGCUGGUUUCUGCCCUCGAGGAGAUCGAAUCCAAAGUGGAGAAUGCCCUAGCCCUCUCCAAAGGCAUGUUGGAAGGCCAGAAGACGUGCCCCGACGUUGAGGGGUGGAACCAGUACAUGGAGGUGAACCUGCAGCCUGUGAUUGACUUGGCCGAUCACGAUAUCAAGGACGCAAGCAAAAGGAUCCAGAACCACAAGAACACCGAGAAGAACAAAAUGAAAUCAAGUGCGCAGGCGGGAAAUGAGGACCCGCAGGGAGCUUCCGAGGACGACCAUGAAGAUGACGAGGAUGAUGAGGAGAGUCAGUGUGCAGACGAUUGUGGCGAUGCUGGAAGUCAUUCAUCGAAGAGUUCCAAGGACCUCAACCUGGAGACUACAGUGGCAGAAAAGGCCCAAUCGCGGAUGGAUGGCGGGGAAUUCUCACAUUCCACAAAGGAGAUGAGAAGUAUGUUCAAAAGGAUGAUGAACACUGCUGAGUUCAUUCAAUAUGGAUGCAAAGCGAAUCCAUGGAUCCAGCUGCCUGGCUUCCAUCCAUCGAUGGUGGUUUUUGAUUGGCUUCACGUGGUGGAUUUGGCACUCAUUCCCGACAGCGCUGCCUCUUGUCUUAUAGAGCUUACAGAAGUCCCUCUGGAGCAGGGAGGGAUUUUCGCUGGUUCCGAUCAAAACGAGCGGCUUCGAGCUGCCUAUGUCGACUUCAUCGCCGAGUGCCGCAAGCACAAGAUUAGCUGCUUGCAUGCACGAUGA